AACACUGGAAUAAGAAUUAUUUCUUUGCAAAACAUUGUCAACAAUUUUGAAGAACUUCGAAAUUUUAUUUUUAAAUUUCGGUAAAAGGUUUGGCGAACAGACAAAAUGGUCAAGGACAUACCAGACAGAUGGCUGAAGUACAAACCGAUUGGAGAUCGUGUUCCUGGCACUCGUUUCAUAGCCUUUAAGGUGCCGCUGAAUCAGCAUGUCAACGCCAAAGUGAAGGAGAAUCUUCGGCUGGCGCCCGAAUCCCUUCUGCAGAUCGUACCCGAUAUGGGUCUCAUCAUCGAUUUGACCAACACGAAUCGAUACUACCACCCAAGUGCCAUAACCAACCACGAUGUGCUCCACCAGAAGCUGAUGAUCCCCGGAAAACAGACACCCUCGCAUAAGCUAGCCCAAAGAUUCUGUGCUUUCGUGACUGACUUCCUUGAAAGGAACGCGGAUAAUGACAAACUAAUUGGCGUCCAUUGCACACAUGGAGUAAAUCGAACUGGAUACCUGAUCUGCUACUUCAUGAUCUCCGUAAUGAACAUGUCCCCUGAGGAGGCGAUACAAACCUUUUCUUUGGCCCGCGGCCAUGAAAUCGAACGCGACAAUUACCUGAGCUCUCUAAAGACACUCCCGAAUCGGGAGACCGUAACGAAGCUUGCUGCCACAGAGAGGAGAUCAUCCACAAUAGAUAAUUGGCGUCAGCCAAUUGAUUACCAAAGCGAAAGAGAUUUGCAUCAGAAAAACAACCACAGACUGUCAAAAGUCUUGAAAACGAAAUCCUAUCAGGAACACGACGACUGUCGAAGACGCGACCGCUGGAACCAACAUCCUUAUGCCCGUAACCAUAGACCGCAUCCAGUCGAAGAACAAAGAAGGAUUCAAAGUAACCGAUCUAGAGAUGGAUAUCAGCAGGGCUCGAACCAACAUCCUUAUUCCCGUAACCAUAGACCGCAUCCAGUCGAAGAGCAAUAUAGGAUUCAAAGUAACCGAUCAGGAGGAGGCUAUCAGCAGGGCUCGAUAAGCUAUCAACAGGAACCUCAUCAAAGGUAUCAAAGGAACUGGGAUUAUUCGAGAAGAAACUAUAGCGAAAGAAACUACAGUGAAAGAAACUGGAGCGAAAGAAACUACAGCGAUCAAAAGUAGCCGCUUCGUUCGAUUUAAUAUUAUAGUUUUAAAAAAUCCUUGAGUGUAAAAAAUUUCCAACGGUGUGUUGAUCAAUUUGUAAAUUAUUGCUAAUUAGCUGCAACUACAGGUACGGCAAUUAAAAUUCAUUUGAGACCACAUAAUGGUAGUUAACAAGCAGGCGGCUUAGAUCGUGUGAAGAUACAAUAAGAAUUGAGAAAAAUUUGCAUCUCGAUAAGCGAGAAGAGCGCAUGAAAUUCCAGGAAAUAAGUGAUCAUCAUGGCCAGCGGUGCCGGCGGGUCUGGCUGCUCCUGUGUCAAAACAAAUGUCGAGAUUGUCCGGCAAAACACCUAAUAAGUACAGUGGGCUUAUCAAUCAAAAUAUACCCAUUAAAUGAAGAAUAAUUAAGAAAUAGAAGAUUUUACUUUUAAAAAGAAAACUAGUUAAAUAGGUAGAUGGGUAUUAUUUUGUUUCGUAGGAAAAAUCAAUUCAAAGUUUAGUUAUAUCUGUGGCAAUAUAUUGUACAUCUGUUCAAGUUUAACUUCUGGCUUGUGAUACCUAACCCAUGGUAUGGCUUCCUUGAAGUACCUGUCACGUUGACGGCUCCUGAUCGGUUCAUUAUUUCGUCAUGGUGGUCAAAUGUCAACUUAUUAGCAUAAACGCUGCGGCUGUCGCCUCCGCCCAUCGCCUCCUUUAUGCUUUUUAACCCUCGGGUUCCGAUAUCGGCGCUUUAUCUUUGUGCAAUCUUAUCGCGGCCGCACGAUCAACGAGUGUCAUUAUGGGCCAGGGUCUGUGGCUCGGACAGCGACAAAUCGUUGGCCAUUACAAUGGCCUGGCUCACGGAACUGGGGAACGGGGAUGGGGAUGGGGAUGUGGUCGGGGAAGCAAGGAUCGAUUCGAUCGGCCGGGAUGCGAUCUGAGUGCCCGAUAAACGCCUGUUGUGUGGCAUGUGGCGUAAAGUUGUUUGUUGCGCUUAAUUGGACAGCGUUUCAUUUCGCGGCUGCUCGGUUUGCUACCUGUGCUCACUCUUUAUUUUUAGCAUCCAACUGACCCAAAGACUUGGCCAAAUGGCAUCCAGCGAAAGUGCCAUCAAAUGCCCCAGGCGAUGUCCAAAGAUCUUUAUUCGAUUAAUGUCUGGAGGAGGCUCUUUCUUGGAAAUAUUUUGAGUUGAUUGGGGACAAACAGCAACAGGACGAUGAGGCUUUCAAGUGAUCGAAUUAAAAUAAUUGAACAGUGUAUUCAAUUUUGGGAUUUUAUUUCAACAAUAUAUAAUACUUCAAAUUUGGAAAACCAAUGCUAAUUUUUGUGUUAACCGAAAAUCAAAGAGCAAAACGUAAAAAAUAAGAAUCCUUCCCUACAGGGUUUAUUAUCAUUAUGUGGGUCUUUUGGUCAUGCCGACGACUUGGACCCAGUGACACACCUCCGCCUCCUCUGGUGCCAUAAAUUGUUGAAUCAACCAAAAAUGGCCAAUUGUCAGUUGCGUGUGCGGUUUAUCUCCUUUGCGCCUCCAACAAGAGCACACAAUUUUUUUUUUUCAUAUUUCUUCCGUUCGUUUUGUUUAGUUUAUGACCGCGAAGGGAAAGACGCCUGGAAAGUGUUGCCAAUUUCCACCGACUGUGCCGGACUUGUGGCCAUUUAUCUUAGCAUAACUUGGAGCGCGAUAAUUGCAUUCCUCGGACUUGGCCAAGAUCGAGGAGCGAGGCCACUUUGAAGUUCGGUGCGGACAAUUAGGCAUGGCCCAUAAAUUGCCAUCUCAUAUGUGGCGAUGCGGCGAAAAGAGGAAGCGCGGCAUUGAUUUAAAUAAUAGUGUUUAACUUUGCAACCAAUAUCUGGCAAUGGCGGCGACUGCUGGAAUCAGCGACAAUUACCCGGCCAUUUCAAUUAGCCGGCAAAAAACAAAAGGGACUGCAGAAUCCCAGCCAGUCAAUCGGAUAUUGGUAUCAAUGACGUCCCAGUCCGAGCUCUCAAUUGUUUCCGAUGGCCUUUUGUCUGCUUCCCAGGUGAUUUACGGUGUCGCCCUGUCUGGCUGAUAAAAGAGUUGACGGAUUGAACUGCCGUUCGGAAAAUUGCGUAACAGGUGAAAGAAGGGCUAGCAGGUUUAAAGUAUAAUAAAACUAUGUUGCAUUCAGUUUAUAAUAACAUUAUUCUUUAAAUCAACAAUGUGUUGUUAUAGUUUCAUAAGGUAUUAAAUUGUUCUAAAAUGAAUUCACUUUCACUUUUGAAAUAUUAUUUUCAAUUUAAAAAAAAAAGAAUGAUUUUAAUGAUUUCAAAACACACACGCUGAAAUAAAAUAUAAAACAACAAUAUCCCUUUUAUACUUACCCCCGAUGGAAACACGAUUGCGGGAAACUCCUGCAACACUUGCCAUUUAUCGCCGUACGCAAUCUUAAUUAAAAGCCGCCCCCAGAUUAAAACAAAUGUUUACUUUAAAGCAGAUACGGAUCGAGCAAUCACGAAAUCGAUUCACUUCGAUUCAGUUCAGUUUCAGUUCGAUUCG